AUGGCCUCAGUUCCUGCUGUAUCUGCUUCUUUGUGGAAUGUGGUUCCUGCUGUAUCUGCUUCUUUGUGGAAUGUGGUUCCUGCUGUAUCUGCUUCUUUGUGGAAUGUGGUUCCUGCUGUAUCUGCUUCUUUGUGGAAUGUGGUUCCUGCUGUAUCUGCUUCUUUGUGGAAUGUGGUUCCUGCUGUAUCUGCUUCUUUGUGGAAUGUGGUUCCUGCUGUAUCUGCUUCUUUGUGGAAUGUGGUUCCUGCUGUAUCUGCUUCUUUGUGGAAUGUGGUUCCUGCUGUAUCUGCUUCUUUGUGGAAUGUGGUUCCUGCUGUAUCUGCUUCUUUGUGGAAUGUGGUUCCUGCUGUAUCUGCUUCUUUGUGGAAUGUGGUUCCUGCUGUAUCUGCUUCUUUGUGGAAUGUGGUUCCUGCUGAGGGGGGAGAGGAGGGAGAGGAGGGAGGGGAGGAGGGAGAGGAGGGGGAGGAGGAGGGAGGGGAGCGGGAGGAGGAGGGAAGGGAGGCAGGAGCAAUUCCCACCAUUCACUCCUCCACUGCUGACAACAACAACUUUGCUGCUGACGUCAUCUCUCCAGGCCAGCCAAUCAGCGUGGGCUAUGGCUCCAUGGACACCGCCCAGUUCCUGCUGCUGUACGGCUUCCUGCCGCCCAACAACCCAUUUGACCAGUUCGUCCUUUUCGAAAACGCCACAGUGCUUCUUGACUACUACGAGACAAAAUAUCUUGCCCACGAGGGGGAGGAGGGAGAGAGCAACGCUCUUGUGGCCAUCAAACAACCGCCAUCCUUCCAGAGAGGCGUGCUAGAAGAGACAAGGGAUGCCGCCCAGGUGCUGCCGGUGCUGUCCAGGCAGCGCAGCGAGGAGAUAUCGUCAGCGCUGACGAGGCGACAGCUGUCGGAAGACAAGUGGUGGACAGCUGUCAGUCGCGUGGUGCAGGGGCUAGCCCUCAUGGCGAAGCAGGUGCAGGCGGAGCUCGAGGCGGACGGCAGUCUGCAGGACUCCGCCAGCUCAGCAGGGGCGGCGGCGGGUGGCAGGUGGGUGCAGCUGGCAGCAACGGGGGAGGAGAUGGCGGGCGGCACAGUUCCUGGUGGUGGCAGGUGGGUGCGCCAUGUAGCUACUGGGGAGGAGAUGGCGGGAGGGAAGGUGAUGUGA